CUCCCCUGUCCCCGCUGAGUCUGCCUGUGCCCUUCCCAGCUGCCCUUAAAGCAACAGCACAGUGACCUGUUGACUGCCAAAACCACAGAACCUGCUACCCCUUGAUCUCCAGUUGCUCCUGAGCUCAUCCUUUGCCCCGCUCUGUAGCUUCCUAAAUGCCCAUGUUGUUGGCUUGGGUUCAGCUGGUGGCAUGGAGGGGUGCUGCCGAACACUAACCUGAGAGUGUGUGUGACCCUCUGACCCAAUGGACAUCAAAGGCCAGUUCUGGAAUGAUGACGACUCGGAGGGCGAUAAUGAGUCAGAAGAGUUUCUCUAUGGAGUUCAGGGGAGCUGUGCAGCUGACCUGUACCGACACCCGCAGCUCGAUGCAGACAUUGAAGCCGUGAAGGAGCUCUACAGUGAGAACGCUGUGGCCAUCAGAGAAUAUGGAACUAUCGAUGACGUGGACAUUGACCUCCACAUCAACAUCAGCUUCCUUGACGAGGAAGUCUCAACCGCCUGGAAGGUCCUCCGGACAGAACCUAUCGUAUUGAGGCUGCGGUUUUCUCUUUCCCAGUACCUCGAUGGACCAGAGCCUUCGAUUGAGGUUUUCCAGCCGUCGAAUAAGGAAGGGUUUGGGCUGGGUCUUCAGUUGAAAAAGAUCCUGGGCAUGUUCACAUCCCAACAAUGGAAGCAUCUAAGCAACGAUUUCUUGAAGACCCAGCAGGAGAAGAGGCACAGUUGGUUCAAGGCGAGCGGCACCAUCAAGAAGUUCCGAGCUGGCCUCAGCAUCUUCUCACCCAUCCCCAAGUCUCCCAGCUUCCCUAUCAUUCAGGACUCCAUGCUGAAAGGCAAGCUGGGUGUGCCAGAGCUUCGGGUUGGGCGCCUCAUGAACCGUUCCAUCUCCUGCACCAUGAAGAACCCCAAAGUAGAGGUGUUUGGCUACCCUCCCAGCCCCCAGGCAGGUCUCCUGUGCCCCCAGCACGUGGGCCUCCCUCCCCCAGCACGGACCUCUCCCUUGGUCAGCGGUCACUGCAAGAACAUCCCCACCCUGGAGUAUGGAUUCCUUGUGCAGAUCAUGAAGUACGCAGAGCAGAGGAUCCCGACGCUGAAUGAGUACUGCGUGGUUUGUGACGAGCAGCACGUCUUCCAGAAUGGCUCCAUGCUCAAGCCAGCCGUCUGCACUCGGGAGCUGUGCGUCUUCUCCUUCUACACACUGGGCGUCAUGUCUGGAGCUGCCGAGGAGGUGGCUACUGGAGCAGAGGUGGUGGACCUGCUGGUGGCCAUGUGCAGGGCAGCACUGGAGUCCCCCAGGAAGAGCAUCAUCUUUGAGCCUUACCCAUCUGUGGUGGACCCCACUGAUCCCAAGACUCUGGCCUUUAACCCUAAGAAGAAGAACUAUGAGCGACUGCAGAAGGCCCUGGAUAGUGUGAUGUCCAUCCGGGAGAUGACCCAGGGCUCGUAUUUGGAGAUCAAGAAGCAGAUGGACAAGCUGGACCCACUGGCUCACCCUCUCCUGCAGUGGAUUAUCUCCAGCAACAGAUCACACAUUGUCAAACUACCUCUCAGCAGGCAGCUGAAGUUCAUGCACACCUCACACCAGUUCCUCCUGCUGAGCAGCCCUCCCGCCAAGGAGGCUCGGUUCCGGACCGCCAAGAAGCUCUACGGCAGCACCUUUGCCUUCCAUGGGUCCCACAUCGAGAACUGGCAUUCGAUUCUGCGCAAUGGGCUGGUCAAUGCAUCCUACACCAAACUGCAGCUGCAUGGAGCAGCCUAUGGCAAAGGCAUCUACCUGAGCCCCAUCUCCAGUAUUUCCUUUGGAUACUCAGGAAUGGGAAAAGGACAGCACAGGAUGCCUUCCAAGGAUGAGUUGGUCCAGAGAUACAACAGGAUGAACACCAUCCCCCAGACCCGAUCCAUUCAGUCAAGGUUCCUGCAGAGCCGAAAUCUAAACUGCAUAGCACUUUGUGAAGUGAUUACAUCCAAGGACCUCCAGAAGCACGGGAACAUCUGGGUGUGCCCUGUGUCUGACCAUGUCUGCACUCGGUUCUUCUUCGUGUAUGAGGAUGGGCAGGUGGGCGAUGCCAACAUUAAUACUCAGGACCCCAAGAUACAGAAGGAAAUCAUGCGUGUGAUCGGAACUCAGGUUUACACAAACUGAGGGGGCUGCGGCCCUCCUUCCACCCCGACCCCCAGGAUCCAUCUGCUCUGGUGAAGGGCUCAGGAGCCGCAGGUGAGGCUGACCUGAGGAAUCAAGGGGCCAUUUCCUAGGGGAAGAACAAGGAUAGAAGACAAGAGCACGGAGGAACCACUCCACAUCUGGAUGGCCCUGACUGACUCCGACCCCUAGUGUCCCCACUUGACUUCCCCCUGUUUGUAAAUAAACCAAUAAAAUGGAAGGUGCUGUGGA